CGAAAUUUUGCAUGACAACCACCUCCAACAAAAUCUUGAUUUGUAGCCAUUUUCAUUUGUAAUCACUGUUGAACCAUUUCAGCUUUCUGCUUUCUCAGCGCACAGUUGCUCAAAACUUCUCUCAGUUUCACAAUAGAAACCUCCGAAAAAACUUCAAUCUCAAAAUGCGUGAAUGUAUCUCAGUUCAUGUCGGACAGGCCGGAGUCCAGAUAGGAAAUGCCUGCUGGGAGCUGUACUGUCUGGAGCAUGGGAUCCAGCCCGAUGGUCAGAUGCCUAGCGAUAAGACCAUCGGAGGAGGCGAUGAUUCAUUCAACACCUUUUUCAGCGAAACAGGUGCCGGCAAGCAUGUUCCCAGGGCUGUUUUUGUCGACUUGGAGCCCACCGUGGUUGACGAAGUCCGAACUGGAACUUACCGACAACUGUUUCACCCGGAACAGUUGAUGACCGGAAAGGAAGACGCCGCAAACAACUACGCCAGAGGACACUACACCGUCGGAAAGGAGAUGAUCGAUAUCGUCCUGGACCGAAUCCGAAAGUUGGCUGACCAGUGCACUGGCCUACAGGGAUUCCUGAUCUUCCACUCCUUUGGUGGGGGUACCGGAUCAGGAUUCACCUCCUUGUUAAUGGAGCGUCUCUCCGUUGACUACGGAAAGAAGUCCAAGCUGGAGUUCGCCGUCUACCCUGCUCCACAGAUCUCAACCGCCGUCGUGGAGCCAUACAACUCUAUCUUGACUACCCACACCACUCUGGAGCACUCCGAUUGUGCAUUCAUGGUCGACAACGAAGCCAUUUACGACAUCUGUCGACGAAACUUGGACAUCGAGCGGCCUACCUAUACCAACUUGAACCGACUCAUUGGCCAGAUCGUGUCAUCGAUCACCGCAUCUCUCCGAUUCGACGGUGCAUUGAACGUCGACUUGACUGAGUUCCAGACUAACUUGGUACCCUACCCUCGAAUCCACUUCCCUCUGGCUACCUACGCUCCUGUGAUCUCAGCCGAGAAGGCAUACCACGAGCAGUUGACCGUUGCCGAGAUAACCAACGCGUGCUUCGAGCCUGCCAACCAGAUGGUGAAAUGCGAUCCUCGACACGGCAAGUACAUGGCUUGCUGUCUGCUGUACCGAGGAGAUGUUGUCCCUAAGGAUGUCAAUGCAGCCAUUGCGACUAUCAAGACUAAGAGGACUAUCCAAUUCGUCGACUGGUGUCCCACUGGCUUCAAGGUCGGCAUCAACUACCAGCCCCCGACUGUCGUUCCCGGAGGUGAUUUGGCCAAGGUGCAGAGAGCCGUCUGCAUGUUGAGCAACACCACAGCUAUCGCCGAGGCCUGGGCUCGAUUGGACCAUAAGUUUGAUCUCAUGUAUGCCAAGAGAGCUUUCGUCCACUGGUACGUAGGAGAGGGCAUGGAAGAGGGAGAGUUUUCCGAGGCCAGAGAGGAUCUGGCAGCCCUGGAGAAGGACUACGAAGAGGUAGGAGUUGACUCGGUCGAGGGUGAGGGCGAAGAAGAGGAGGGCGAGGAGUACUAGACUGUCACUCACUUCAAAAGCACUUUGAUCACACAAUCCAAAGCGGAAACUGAUGAUCACACAUCUCAUGCAACCAAGUAUCAUAUAAUUUAUUUAAUAAAACUUUUUGUCUUUUGACGUGUAGACGAUGUUUUAGACAUUGAUGCAAUUCCACUGACAAAGUUCACGAUUAAAAAUUGCAGUACAA